AGGAAGAAAUGGAGGAUGAGGAAAUUAAAGAGGCCCAGGAUUGGGUGCCUUCCCUCAGCCCCUUCCUCUCUCCCCACCCCACUAGCCCACAGGACCUCCCCGGGGCGUGGAGUACAGGACGAUCCGCCUCGCCGGCCGCAUUCCGCGCCCCUUCCGGCCCGCGCGCACGUCGCCCCAGCCGCCGCCAGAAGGGGCGGGGCCUGGGCCCUGGCGUUCAGUCAGCCAAGGUCCCAGCGUGCCCUGCGGCGGUCAACGAGAGCAGAUCCAGUGACUCACAUCCGCCGCGCUAACUCUGCUUGCUCUCUACUUGCACACGCUUACACCCGGCUCGAGAUGGCGGCGGCAGCGGCGGGGGACUCCGACUCCUGGGACGCGGACACGUUCUCCGUGGAAGACCCGGUGCGGAAGGUGGGGGGCGGCGGCACCGCCGGCGGGGACCGCUGGGAAGGCGAGGACGAGGACGAGGACGUCAAGGAUAACUGGGAUGAUGAUGAUGAUGAUGAAAAAAAAGAAGAAGCAGAAGUAAAACCAGAAGUAAAAAUUUCAGAAAAGAAAAAAACAGCAGAGAAGAUAAAAGAGAAAGAACGGCAGCAGAAGAAAAGGCAAGAAGAAAUUAAAAAGAGGUUAGAAGAACCUGAAGAACCUAAAGUGCUAACACCAGACGAACAAUUAGCAGAUAAACUGCGGCUAAAGAAAUUACAGGAAGAGGCAGACCUCGAAUUAGCGAAAGAAACUUUUGGUGUUAAUAAUACAGUUUAUGGAAUAGAUGCUAUGAACCCAUCUUCAAGGGAUGACUUCACAGAGUUUGGAAAGUUACUAAAAGAUAAAAUUACACAAUAUGAAAAAUCACUAUAUUAUGCCAGUUUUUUGGAAGCCUUAGUUCGAGAUGUGUGUAUUUCAUUGGAAAUUGAUGACUUGAAAAAGAUUACCAAUUCAUUGACUGUACUUUGCAGUGAAAAACAAAAGCAAGAAAAGCAAAGCAAAGCCAAAAAGAAGAAGAAAGGUGUGGUUCCCGGAGGGGGAUUAAAGGCUACCAUGAAAGAUGAUCUGGCAGAUUAUGGUGGUUAUGAUGGAGGAUAUGUACAAGAUUUUGAAGACUUCAUGUGACGUUUUAUCUUCUCCUGGUGUCUUCUUUCUGUUGCCCACAAUCCCUUCAACAUGUAGCACAACUUCCUUUCCUUUCAGUUCUGCCAAAUGCUACAAUCAGAAGUGCAGUAUCUUUUGUGCUGGUUAUUAACCCCUUGACACUUAGGUGCUAAUGUGCAAAUGAGGGAACUUGGAUCUUGCUGCCAAGGGGUUAAAAUUGGGAACCUCCAUUGCUACUAAAUCAUAGUUUAAAAAACAGACCUAAUAAUGUUGUUGCUAUCUGAUUCCAUAGCAGCAGUCACUAAAUUGGAAACAAAGGUUGCAACAUGACAAAAAAUUGUGUAGUAUUUACCAGCACCAUUCAGUAAUACAGCCUUAACCAUACCUCCUUGAACUACUUCAUAACUUGUCAAGAAAAGCAGUCUGCUGCAAGGGCAUGUGGUGUGCACCUAGUAUUAAAGUUGCUUUGUCUUAAAAUUGAGCGUGAGGAUAUUAAAAAUACAUUGUGAAGAAGACUGCUUAUCUCAGAGUGAAGAUACGGCGGCUGAAAAGCACUAGUUUGAUACUUAAAAAUUAAAUGACCAAAACCCUCCAACUUGGAAGCUGAAGAAGGUAAACCUCUCCAUUAUUGCACUACCAAGUUGUGGAAUCUCUUGAAUGCUAGACUGUCUAGUUUCUAUUUAUCAGACUAUUCUACUGCUGGAGUGCUUCAGAUGGGGGAGGGAAACUCCUUACCUAUUUGUCUGAUUUAAGUGUCUGAGAAACAAAUCUCCUUUGUUCUCUGAGGCUGCAGUGGAUCAGCUUUAACAGGGUUUUGGCAUUUCCUUUCCUUUAUAAAACGUGUUUAGCAAACUGCGCCACUUAACUACAGUUUGGUAAAUUGUUAUGUUAACAAUUAUGACAUCUGCAAUGUUUUAUAAAGCAACUAAUUUAAUAAAGUCACUAUUGUGAGGA